CUACUGGGGGAGCUGCCUAGCGCCGUGGCGUUGCUUCGGGAGGCUGGCCACCCCUCCCUCUCCAAACCGGCAAUGUCAACAGCCGAGGAGAAGUCACCCGCAAUUCAGCCCGCCCAGACAGCCGCCGCUAACGGCACAACCGCCGUCGCUAACGGUACGAGCGCCGCCGCUAUCGGCACAAGCGCAGCCGCCAACGGUACAAACACAGCCGCUAAAGGCGCCAACGGAUCAGCGGCAGCGGCGGCGGCUCCUCCACCUGCGGCCACCGCCGCCACUGCCGCUGCGCAAGCAGCGGCACCCCGUCCGUCCCCCGCUGCCGCCGCCGCCUCCGUCAUCACUCCGCAGACCGUCGCCGUCGUCAGCACUCUGCUCCCUGCCGUACUUCCAAACGUACAGACGCCGUACGGCAUGUCCCUCCGCGCCGCCAAGGUUGUAGCUGAGGCGGUGCUGCCGCCGCUGCACAAGCUGACGUCGUUCAUGUUGCCUCAUUUGGCAACGACAGCGCUGGCGUUGCAUCCCGGCAUGGACCCGGCGCUUGCAAACGAGAUGCAGGCGGUUGUCUCGCAGCUGUACCUGCUGUUGGGGGACGCGGAGGAGUUUGCGGCGGCUUGCGCUGGCGCGACUGCGGCCGCUGUCAGUGGUAGGAACGGCAGCAGCAGCGGCGGCGGCGCGUCGACCGUUAGCG